UUGAGAGAAACUCACACACUUGUCUAUUUUCACAUUUGAAUUUAACUUUGAAAUUGUUUCUUACUUCAGAUUGUGACACAAAAUAGUGUAAUUAUGGGAAAAGCUACAAGAUGGUUGAAGGGUUUGUUUGGAAUGAAGAAGGAGAAAGAACACAGUAACAAAUCAGGUCCAUUGUUUUUAGGCAAGAAGGAGAAAAAACACAUUAACAAAUCAGGUCCAUUGUUUCUAGAUAGGAAGGAGAAGAAACAAUCAUGUAAGGAUCAUCAAAAUCACAUUAGUCAAACAAGUGUUCAAGGUUUUGAUAGUGCUAGGUACAGUCUUGCUGAAAAACAGAAUGAGUACAAUAAAAAAGCAAUUUUUUCAAGGUCUUUAAGCCAUGGCAGUAGUAGAGGUUCAUUGUUUUUUGGUAGCAGGGAGUGGAGGGCUGCUGUAAAGAUUCAAUCUUUUUUCAGAGGCUUUUUGGCGCGAAAAGCUCUUCGAGCACUAAGAGGAUUGGUUAAGAUACAAGCUCUUGUUAGAGGCUUCCUUGUUAGGAAAAGAGUUGUUGCAACUCUUCAUAGUAUUCAAGCUCUUAUGAGAGCUCAAGCCGUUGUCCGGUCACGAAGAGCGCGUAGAUCCUUUGAUAAGGAGAAUGCGCGUCCGAAACAUAUCCAUAGACGAAAACAUUUGCAAAUGUUUGAUGAAACUCGAAAUGUACAACAUGAUCAUAAAUGGCUGCACAAUUCUGGCUCAAGUAGAUUUGAUCCAAACCGGGUAAUCCUCGCGAUUGAUCCUCACAGGUCUAGUUCAAGAUCUUCAAUGUCCGAAUAUAGAGACGUUAUGCAUCAUCACUACUACGAAACAACAUCAUCCUCUCUUCCAAGUCACCUUUCGCGUAGAAUUUCACUUCACGAAUGCCAACAUUCUCAUGAUUUUGAUUCGUGCUUCAAUAAUGUUAACGACGAGCAUAAAGUCUUUACGGCUCAUAGCACUCCUCGGUUAUCAAACUCUUCCCAAGCUAAUACUCCAUUGGCGAAGAGCGUUUCUGAAGAGACCAGCAUGUUCUUGCCUUACUCUAAUUGUCCUAACUACAUGGCUAAUACUCAGUCAUCCAAGGCAAGAGUGGUAAGGUCUCGCAGUGCUCCGAAACAAAGAUCUGAGGUCAAGAAAAGGGUUCCACUUGAGGAAAUAAUGGCCACAAGAAAUAGCUUAAGUUCUGUUAGAAUGCAUUGGUAAUUCAAUCAAUAUACAGUUGUUUUAACAUGGUUUAUUUGGAUCUAUUGGGGAAUCAAAAGGAAAAUUUUGAUAACAUAAUGAUGUAGAGAUG